UCCGCCUAGUCUUAAUGGAUGCAGAAGGGAGUUCCCAAAGCCAACUAAAAAUUCCAGAUGCAACUGCAAGAGAGAGUAGCAACUCUUCUGCACUAUCAAAUCAAGGUGGGAUGUCAUGUACGGCAGGCUCACGGGUACUGCUCAGGUAAGGUUCAAGAUAGGAAACCUGUUGGGGAACUGGGUUGGUGGCAAAUUUCAGAUUGAUGUGGGAGAGUAUGAAUACAAUGAAGGUGGUUUGAAGAAGGCAAAACUGCAAUCAAUGCUGAGAGUGUUGUUGGAUGAUCCUCUGCUGUCUGAUGUCCCCAAGAAUCCGACCUUGGCAGAUGUUGAUACCCUCCUCAGCCUUGAACUUGGCAGUGCCAUGCGUCUCUCUGUCUUAAAACUAGAUGGAACUUCAUUUGAGGUGACAGUGAUGAAUUCAGCAACAGUCAAAGAUUUAAAACUUGCUAUCAAGAAGAAAGUGAAUGACAUGGAGCAAUCCGGUUUGGGUCAUCGCCAUAUUUCUUGGAAGCAUGUAUGGGCAAAUUAUUGCUUGGCAUAUCAUAACAACAAACUCCUACAUGAUGAUGAUCCGCUUCAGAAUUUUGGCAUACGUAAUAAUUCCCAGGUGCAUUUUGUGUCCUUUGUCAUGACCAAAGAGUCUCGUAGGCAUUCAAAGAGGAGAAAGCAUCGCUUUUUUCAUGGCCUUAAUAAGCUUUCACAUGAAAAAAAUUGUGAAGACUGAGCCCAUGGUGUCAUAGCUUGUUAUGAUAUCUUAAAAUGGUUGAGAGGUUUGAGUUCUCUGUUACCUGCACUAACAGAAACAGGCUAUUAAGGGAAGGAACCACUCUUCUUAAAUAAAACAUCAAAAUCUCAUAUUACUCGAUGUGAGACCUUGGGCACCCCAUAAUACCCAAGUCCCGAUCAUACUUCUUUAUAACUAACUAUAUUCAGCUGAAUUUCACUAUUGGUCCAGCACUAAACCCCAAUGUCUUGAGUCCCAACCUUUGAAGUCACCACUCACCAACCACCUAACUCAUAAAAUCCAGUAGUUUAGCAUUUAAUGGAUAGUUAACCUGUGGUUUAGCUUACUUGUUUAGAAAAUCAUUUCUAUUUUCUGAACUCUUAACUUUUUCUGUUCUUUUUAUUUUUAUUUUUUUAAUAAUUAUAAUCCAUAGAAAUUCUCAAAUUCCCAUCUUUUUGCUGCAAACCUGCCAUCACUACGCUGGAGUUUUAUCCCUUGAAUGUUUGACAAUGUCGUCUGCAAUACAAGAUCAAGUUGCCAUCAUUGAUUGAUUGAGCUCUUGUUGUCAUGCUAGAUACUAGAUAGGUUCAAGUGCUCAGUAAUUUUCAUUGUCAAAAUGAAUGUUUAAACUGUUAGUUACAUGUCCUAGAGCUAAUAUAGGGAUAAUGCCAAAAUGGUCUCGAAUUCAAGUAUUCAACUGGUGAAUCAAUCUUGUCCCCCAAUUUCAAAUAUGCCUAAAUAAGUCCCUCAAUUUAACAACCGUGAGUUGCCGUUGGUCAUUUGUAGGACUCAAUUUAGUACUUCCCAUCAUAUUAAAACCCUAAGCCCCCAAUAGUUACAUGUUUAUUUCUUUUGUCUCUCUUCCUCUCAUCCAUUUCUCAGUGAUUUCUGAUUCUAUUUUCGUCUUAUGCUGCUUGUGCUUGCUGGGUCAUGAUUGGUGGUGGGGACAAAGGUCAAGGGAACUCAAGUGAGGCUAGAGGGCUUUGGGGAUACACUUAAGUGAAAAACACAAUUCCUCUUCAAUAGUGAAAUACCUAGAUACCACCCUCUCCAAUUCUUAAAGGGUUAUUGUUCAUCAAAGGGCAACGGAGAACAAGAUUUGGAUAAUGAAGAGGAGACUCUUGGCAUAAAUGUGUUUGUGUGGAUGAGCUAGAGGUCGUGCAGUUGUGUGGCUCAUCGUGUGCGGGACAAACAUCAAAUUCCACAAGACGUCACUUCAAGAGGUACAGUAGAAACUACUUUGUGCUCUUAUGAAUUCAGAAGAGAGUGUCAUCAUGCUACUUGGGAACAAAGAUGGCGUUGCGGACCUGAGAAUGAUGUCUACUGUUGGAAUGUGGAUGGUGUUUCCUCGAAUUGCUAGAAGAGAUUACUCGAGAUAAAGGAAAGAGAAGGGCAGUGCGGUUCACA